UACUGCUAGCUCGCACUAGCAGGUCACUGCUGAAAAAAAGUUGCGUUUUGUUAUGAGAUUACUCUGAGCACUGAUCAGCAUGAUUGCGCGCUGGUGUCUACUAGAUCUGCUUACACUCUCGCAGUUAGAGUUCCACUAGAGCAGACAGCAGAAUCGCCAAAUGUACUCUGUUUUUCUAACUUUCUUCAUGAGAGGGCUGGGAAUUUGGUUGUAGCACGCUGUUUGUUGUUCCCUCUUAAUAGUUUCGCGAAUUCGGGAUGUUCUCAUCCUCAUCAUGGAGACGAAACGAGGGGAGAUUCCCACCGGCAUAUUGGACGACCUCUGCAGCCGAUUCAUCCUCCACAUUCCCAGUGAAGAAAGGGACAAUGCCAUCAGAGUUUGCUUCCAGAUUGAACUUGCCCACUGGUUUUACCUGGACUUCAGUAUGGAAAAUGCACCAGGAUUACCUCAGUGUGGGAUAAGAGAUUUUGCCAAAGCUGUUUUUAAUCAUUGUCCUUUUCUGCUGCCCCAUGGAGAGGAUGUUCAGAAGGUUCUAGAGCAGUGGAAAGAAUAUAAAAUGGGUGUUCCCACAUACGGUGCAAUUAUUCUCGAUGAGACGCUUGACAAUGCACUGCUGGUGCAGGGGUACCUGGCCAAGUCGGGCUGGGGUUUCCCCAAGGGCAAGGUGAACGAGGACGAGGCGCCCCACGACUGCGCUGUCAGGGAGGUCCUAGAAGAGACGGGUUUCGAUAUUCGGGACCGCAUCUGCAAAGACACGUACAUCGAGCAGAAAAUCACCGAUCAACUGGCCCGUUUGUACAUUAUACCCGGAGUUCCGAGGGACACCAAGUUUAACCCGAAAACCAGAAAGGAAAUUCGGAAUAUAGAAUGGUUCCGUGUUGAGCAACUUCCAUGUCACAGGAAUGACAUGACUCCUAAGUCAAAACUUGGACUGGCUCCCAACAAAUUCUUUAUGGCAAUUCCAUUCAUGAGACCGCUACGAGAAUGGAUCGCCAAACGUAAAGGAGAAUCAUCGGAGAGCGAUGAAGAACCUGCUUCCAAUGGUAGCACUCCAUGCAAGCCGCUAAUGGACAAAAUCAGGCCCAAAGCCAGGCGGAACCAGGUGUUGGCUGAGGCUUCUCCGGGGGAGGGCUGGCCUAAACAGAAACCACAGAAGCCGAUUGGCCAGUCCAGUCAGUACGACCUCGCAGAAUUACUGAAAGUAAAAAACCAUGGCUUGAAAGGUAACGGGAAGAAGCACCAGGAUUCUCCCAACCUGAAGAAGCGGGCGAACGGGGUCAAUGCCCAGCAGGGCAAGCUCCAACUGGCAACAAAAGAAGACAAGAGACUUCAGCCCAGACGGCUUCAGGACAACUUUGAAAUGGACGCAGCGUGUGACAUGAGCAGCUCCAACGACGAGCAGCCCACGAGACGGACGGACGGGCAUCCGGCCGCCUGCAACGGGGACUACCAGCACUCGCUCACCUCCAGAUCUUUCCUCAGCUUCAAGUUUGACCGCGAGGCCAUCAUGAGAUCCUGCUUUGACUCUUAGUCAGCCAUAGAUCUGCACAGAAGAAGCUCCAGGCUUUUUCUUUCCUCUGUCUCAGGAGUUGGGAAGAAUGUGAACGUGUCUGAGGG